AUGGAGCAGUUCUUCGUGUAUUUCAUGAUUUUCUAUUUAGUUCUUCAGGCAAGUAUGCGAUACGCAGCUCGCUUCAAUGACAACGAUGCAUCUCACAAACUGCUUUGGUCUCUUUACCAGUUUGGUCUACUAUUGAUGCUCGAGUUUCUCGGAGCAGCCAAUCGCCAGUCCUUCGAAGUUGCCACAGCUGGGGUGUUCACGCUGGUUGGUUUCGUGUGCUCUGUGCGCACUGCAUUCCACAUCCCUCAAGUGCGCCUCUUUUGCAGUUAUUCUAUUUUGCGAUGGUUUACAUGUGCAUGGCCAUCAUACUAA